AUGAUUGAUGAUUUCGAAACAAAUUAUCGACCACAAAAAGCACUUUGGUGUUUAACAGGCGAAUGUUUUAUUUGGCGUGUAUUACAACGUGUACAACCACCAUUACGAAGUAGUGAAGUGUAUUAUAACCCACUGUCAUAUAUGGGUAAACUAUUUAUGAAAAUGGGUGAAUAUGCAUAUGUUAAACAGUUCUUUCUCGGAAUGUUACAAGAUGCUUCAUGUAGUAAUCAACCACAUCGUCUUGUACGUGUGAAUAAUGAUCUUGGAGCUAAUUAUAUGAUUAAAGGCGAUUAUGCUAAAGCAUUAGAACAAUAUCAACAGACAUUUGACGUUAGCUUAAGUAAUACUACUCUUCGUCGUCUUCUCAACAAUCAAAUUACAGAUCUCAUUGUCGAGAUUAAAGAUGAAAGAACAGCAGAGUUAUCUGAUGAAAACAAAUCAAGUGCAUUUCCAUUAAUAUUAUCUUUGUGUAAACGAUUACGUGAUUUGACCUUUUGUGAACAGUUAUCUAAUCAAGGUUUGCCCAUUUCAAUUUUUAAGCUCCCAUCAACAAGUUGUAUGUCUUCAACUCUUACUAAAUUGAAAAUUGAUGUUAAUACUUUUGAUGAUUGUCUGUAUCUUCUUGAUGGACGUUUCGAAUAUUUAUCCACAUUGAUCGUCGAUAUAGUUAAAAUUUCUAUUUCACGAUCGAAAAUAGAUAAUACAGUAAGUAUAGUUGGUCGCUGUAUAUCAGGAAAACAUAGGCAAUCUUAA